AUGAGUGCCCCACCCUCAAUACCUCCACGCCCGGCGCGAGGACAGAACAGCUCUGCGCCUUCUUCGCAAUUGGAGGCGCCCAGGGUUCCUCCUCGACCAAAUCGCGGGGACCGCUCAGCCUCUCCCAACCCGAACAGAGACACCUUCGCUCCCUCUCCUCUAAAUAGCCCUUACGGAAACGGCCCACCACCUAAGCCACGCGAAGUUCCUUCUCGUCCACCCAGCACCUCUCUUCCUGGGCUUGGAGAAGAAGGCAACGAGUAUGCCAGCUUCGAAGACUUGUCCAAGACCCUCACCAACGAGAGCGCGGGUCAGCCAUAUGCCUCCCCACAACAAACCAGCAACAUUGCUGGGGAUCUGCCGCUGCAUGCCCCCAAGGCUUCUGUGCCGGCGUCCACCGCCAAAAGCCGGAUCCAAACUGUGACACGCACAGACUCAUCACAAGCUGAGGCUGCCGGCUUUGGCAGGCAGCUUGUGCCAGAAGACAAGACUGCCAAGAGUGCCCGCUCGGGUUCUUCUAUGGGAUCUCGUCCCAGCUCGAUAUACAAUGACAAAGAUGAGCACGGCAUUCCCGAAAUCGGCGUCCAGGUGCCCAUGUUCCGCAACGCGGGAGACGUGCAAGCCCCAAGCCCUGCACCCGUUCAACAGCAGGGCCCUGGAGGUAUUGGUUUCCACAACAAGGCGGGUGGUCGUCACCACGGACGCACCAAGAGCGGCCGCGAGAUCUUUCAUGGACCUCCAGGCAGCUACGGUAUGCAUGGACACGGCAAAAUCUCCCAGGAUGAUUUCGAGAAGAAGUGGUAUGAAAGACAUCCGGAAGAUCUGAAGCGCGAAAAGGCUGGCGAAUACGGGCCACACAUUCAAGAGAACCGGAAAGACUACCAUUGGCGUGCAGACAACCUGGACCAGCUCGUACAUGGCGCUGGUACACAGGGUAUUGGACUAGGUACCUCACGAGAGGCUGUCAGCACGCCUGACGAACAGAUUGGCUACAUAGCUACCGAGCAGUACGCCUCACGCUAUACAACACCGCGUCCGCAGUCUUCAGGCCGACCCGCAUCGAUCAAGGCCGGCGUCCACGUCGACUCCCCUCUGCGCCAAGAAGCAGAGCCGGUACAGGAGCAGCAGCUCGACGACAAUGGCGAAGUCUAUCAUAUUGAUCCUCCUGCUCACCGCGGCAGCAAAAUCCACGGUGGAGGUUACGACCCACCUACCGAAGACCUUGGCCCUCAGGGCGGGAACACUGCAGAGGAAGGUGGAUGGGUCACUGAAAGAGGCUAUGGCAUGCCUAUUCUUGCUUCCGACGAGCUGAAGAAGCAUCCUGAUUCCGAAUGGAGACAGCCUGCUAUCAGUCCCGAGAUGGAGCGUCGUGGUGACGAAUACACUGUCAACGAAGAUGGCACCCCAGCCUACAUUACAAAGGCUCGGCCUCAUAGCAGAAAUUCUAGCAGAAACGAAAACAAGCCCCAGCGCGUGGUUCCAAGCCCAGCACAGUACGACAGGGGCGGUACACCACUUGAGUCGCACAAGGAGUACGAGCCGUUGUUCCCCGAAGAUGAGGAAGACGGUACCAACAAGCCCAAGAGCCAAGUCGAUAAGCUCAAGCGUCCCAGUGUCGCACGCCACCACUUCCCGAGCCAGGACGUCUGGGAAGACACCCCUGGCAGUCUGCAGCUGCAAACAACCGUGGAGACUCCAGAAGUUCCCGACGAACCCCAGAGCGCUGUCGGUGAUGUCGGUGAAGUCAGCGCAUCUAAAGUAUUCGAGAAGCCCGAGACCGAGGAGGCGCGCAAGGACAAUAUCACGAAAGAAGACCAGCAAUCCUUCUUGCCUGAGCAUACCAGACGGUUCGCCGCAGAGAACAAGCUUCUCGGCAAGGUUCGCGGCGAAGAAGUCCCCCAGCGUCCUGGUAUGCAGCAACGUUUCCCCAGUCAAGACAUUUGGGAAGAUGCGCCUGAACAUGGCCAAUGGGAAACAACCGUCAACACACCACAACAAGAAGAAACGAAUGAAUAUGCUGAAGAUUCACCCGCGGUCGAAAAGCCCAGCGUGCCAGCUCGUCCGCAGAUUCCGGCGCGACCACAGAAGGAGGAGUCUCCUAUUGACAAGAAGGCACCCAUCAUCCCCGAUCGCCCGAAACCACAAAUUCCAGUACGUCCCGCUAAGUCCACUACUACUGCUAGGGGCGAGGAGGCAGCAUCAGAACCACAGGCCAUCGAGGGCGAUGCAUCACAGCCAAAGGCCAAGCCACCAGUCCCGGCGCGACCAGGUAGCUCCAAGAUUGCUGCCCUCCAGGCUGGUUUCUUGAAGGACCUGAACAGUAAGCUUGGUCUUGGUCCCCAAGCACCCAAAGUCAAAGAGCCAGAACCUGAGGCAGAGCCAGAGCCAGCAGCACCUCUCCAGGAUGCUCGUAAGGGCAGGGCCAAGGGUCCUCAGAGGAGGAAGCCGGCAGCAUCCCCAACGCCUGCAGCCACCGUGACUUCUGAGGUUGCAGUAUCUCACCAGAAGCUCAGCAUUGGCCCGAUUACUGCGAUGUGGAGUAUUGAUUCAUACGACGUUUUGGAUGUACCGGCUGCUGGCCUCGCAGCCAAGCUCCAAUCGAAGCUUCAGACCCCCAGCAGGUCUGAAGACCCCGUUGCAGACUCGUCUGAAGCAGGGCUUUCGAAGACGUUAACGCAAAGCAGCCAGGUCGGAGAACCUCUUGAACUGUCGAAAAUAACCUCGGCAACAAGUGCCGCGGCAUCAGAUCUUCCUUCAGAGCUAUCGAAGACGAUCUCACAGGGCAAGGAGGCGGCAUCAAGCCUACUUGGACCAGACGAAGCUCUCGUGACUGAGACUGCUCCAGGGUCUGUUGGGGCUCCUGGAGCAUUCCCCGGCAUGGAUGGUAGUGAUGAAGCCGCUGGUGGCGUUUCGCUCGAGCAACCAUCGAGUUCGCAGAAGCCUGUUGCAGAAGAGCCUAGCGCAUCAAGUCCCAGCGCGGAGAAGUCCCUUGGUGGCAGCAUUGCGGACAAACUCGAGAAGAAGAAGGAAGAAGCUCCUUCUACUGCAGGCACGGUGCCUGCGAGUGAGGGCGCUGGUUCUACGCAGUCUUUCGCUGGUUGA